CCACACGUUGUACUUCUCUGGAAAAGGCGUGGUACGCCACUACACGCGAAGGAGACAAAUGCAGCUCAUCUGCGGGCGAGUCCUAGCAUAGCCCUACCGGGUCCUGCACAUCGACGUGUUCUGGUGUCCUUGGUCCUCCCGGGCCGGUGGGGUUAAAAAGUCUCGUCGGUUUCCCCCCAAGCUUCCCCGUACUUUCCUACAAUCCCAUUCUAACAUGGACCCAUUUUUUUUAGGCCUUGAUCUAUCGACUCUAGGGCUGAAGGCUGUCGUCGUCCAGGAAGACUGCAUCAUCGUCCACGAGUCUGCAGUACACUUUGACCGCGACUUACCUCACUAUGGAACCACAAACGGUGCUAUUCGAGACUUGGAAGGCGAGGUCACAUCCCCAGUUGAGAUGUGGUUGGAAGUGUACGAUCUUCUUAUGACCCGUAUGAAGGCAGCAGGAGUCGACUUCUCUGCUGUUUCAGCCAUAUCUGGGGACGGACAAAUAACAACACGGUUCUGUCUAUUGGUCCCACGACGCCGAAGCUCUUUAGCCAACUUGGAUGUAUCAAAGAAUUUGCCUAGCCAGUUAUCUUCGAAGGCUUUCUCAUUGCAGAAAGUGUCCAUCUGGCAGGACUCCUCCACCACCCGUGAAUGCUGUGAACUGGAGGAUACCGUUGGUGGCGCCCAAGCUCUCAUGGACAUCAGUGCAUACGAACGUUUUACUUAUUUCAGGCCGCUUCCGCAGACUACGCACCCUAGAAGUUUACGAGCCACGUCCCAUGUUUCGUCGUUUAUGCCGUCUUUGUUUCUUGGCAAGAUUGCACCUAUUGAAAUAUCGGACGCUAGCGCUGAAUUAGUAAUCCGCAACACGCCACGUAAUGGGCGAAGGCGCGGGGGUAUAGUGUCCUACUGCUACGUACGUCUAUACCGUUACUCGUUGUACUACUAAUCUACUGUUCGACUCUAUGGGACGUGUAACUCUCGGGUAGAAUUCUAUGUGGCUGUUUUCGGUCUGCUGGUGGCAUGAACUUAAUGGAGAUCUUUACUUCACUCGUAUUCAUUUGUGCUUAUCAUGGGGCCAGAACUUGCUCAGCCGUUCUCGUCCAGGCUGAAAAUCUGCUCCG